AUGCGUUUGCUUCCAUUUCUUUUCGAUUUACCUUUUAGUUGUGUUUGCUUGUUUAUUCUUCAUUCAUUCAUUAAUUUUUUCUUUCAUUCAUUCAUUUAUUCUUUCUUUCAAUCAUUCUUUCUUUUUCCAUUCAUUCAUUCAUUCAUUCCUUCAUUCUUUCUUUCUUUCUUUUAUUCUUUCUUUCUUUCUUUCUUUCUUUCUUUUCUUUCACCCUCCUUUAACCUCUUUAAGUCUGACUAUAUAAAUACUUUUUCAACAAACAUUGCACUUUCUUUCUUUCAUUUAUUCUUUCUUUCUUUUAUUCAUUCAUUAUUUCUUUCCUUUUUCAUUCUUUCAUUCAUUCUUUUCCUCUUUCUUUGUUCAUUCAUUCAUUCUUUCUUUCUUUCUUUCUUUCUUUCUUUUUUUCACCCUCCUUUAAACUCUAUAAGUCCGACUAUAUGUAUACUUUUCAACAAACAUUGCACUUACUUUCUCUUUCUUUCUUUCUUUCUUUCUUUCUUUCUUUCUUUCUUUCACCUUCAAUUUCUACCACACCACCCACCACUUAUCUUUAUUAAUUUCUUUCUUACCAUUCCAUUAGUUCUUUUUUUCUUUCUUUCUUUCUUUCUUUCUUUCUUUCUUUCUUUCUUUCUUUCUUUCUUUCUUAAGAUUUUAUCCCUUCUUUCUUUCUUUCUUUCUUUCCAUUCAAUCACUUCCUUUUUCCUUCAUUCUUUCUUUCUAUUUCAUCACUUGCUUUCAUUUUUUUCAUUCUUUCUUUUUGCGAUUCCAUCUUUUCUUUCAUUUUUUUCUAUUGCAUCAAUUCUUUCUUUCUAUUUUAUCACUUUUUCUUUCUUUCUUUCAUUCUUUCUUUCUUUCCUUCUUUCCUUCUUUCUUUCUUUCCGUUCCAACCCUUCUUUCGUUCUUUCUUUCUUUCUUUCUUUCUUUCUUAAGAUUCAUCACUUCUUUCUGUUUUUCUUUCUUUCUUUUUUCCGUUCAAAUACUUGUUUUUCUUAUUCAUUCUUUUUUCUAUUGCACCACUUCUUUCCUUCAUUUUUCUUUCUUUCUUUCUUUCUUUCUUUCGUUUUUCUAUUGCAUCUCUUCUUUCUUUCUAUUUUAUCACUUUUUUUUUCUUUGUUUCUUUCUUUGUUUCUUUCAUUCCGUUCCAUCCCUUCUUUCUUUCUUUUGUUUACCUUACUCCUUAUUUGCUUUGUUUGCUUGCUCAUUUCAUUUUCCUUCUAUUCUGAAAAGUCUUUUUCACUCAGUCGAUUUCCCGCUUUCGCACGCAUGCGUACACUGCCAUUUUCGUCUCUCCCGAUUCUAUCAAAGACUAUUUCCCAUUUUCCGUUUCCCCCUGCACUUACUUGA